UGGAGAGUGUAUGUUUUCGUGCCUGAAAGCCGGCCAAGAAGCUUACCGACCUAUAGAGGGCGCCGGUCAGCGUGCUGAGUAACCCAUUCAGCUGUCCCUUCCUCGAGCACGUCUUGUCUGAUCUCUAUGAUCCAUCCGGUUACGUCAAGAAAAGUUCCUGGAGCUUUCGAUUUAUCGUAAACAAAAGAGAGGCGCACCGACCCGGAAGUUGAAACUGGAGCGGGGGCGGGAGUAGCUCGGAGGGUCGGCAGUGAGGGGGCCAGGUGGGAGUAGCCCCGAAGGCCCGCUGUGAGGGGCCGGGGGAAGCCGUAGCCAUGGCUGUGGCUGUGGCCAUGGCGGGAGCCGUACCCGGGACAGAGCUAGGCCCUGCGGAAGAACUCGCCAAACUCGAGUAUCUGUCUUUGGUGUCAAAGGUUUGCACCGAGUUGGACAAUCACUUGGGUAUCAACGACAAGGAUCUGGCUGAAUUUGUGAUCAGUCUUGCUGAGAAAAAUACCACCUUUGAUACUUUCAAGGCUUCACUGGUCAAAAAUGGUGCAGAAUUCACGGAUUCUCUCAUUAGUAACUUGCUGCGUCUCAUACAAACCAUGCGGCCUCCAGCAAAGCCUUCUACUAGCAAAGAUCCAGUUGUUAAGCCCAAAACUGAAAAAGAAAAGCUGAAGGAACUCUUCCCAGUCCUUUGCCAACCAGACAACCCUUCUGUUCGGACCAUGCUGGACGAGGAUGACGUGAAAGUUGCUGUGGAUGUCCUGAAAGAACUGGAGGCCUUGAUGCCCAGUGCAGCAGGCCAGGAGAAGCACAGAGACUCUGAGCACCGGGACAAGGCCAAGAAAAAGAAGCGCAGCCGGAGCCGAGAGCGAGACCGUGACCGUGACCGUGACCGCGAGCGAGAACGAGAACGUGAUAGAGACCAUAAGCGGAGACACCGGUCCCGCUCUCGAUCACGUUCCCGAACCCGGGACAGGAAUAAGGGGAAGUCUAGAUACCGGUCCAGAAGCAGAAGUCAAAGUCCCCCCAGAGAUCGGAAAGACCGAGACAAGUAUGGGGAGCGGAGUCUGGACAGAUGGCGGGACAAGCACGUGGACCGCCCUCCCCCAGAAGAGCCCGCCCUCGGGGACAUUUACAAUGGCAAGGUCACCAGCAUCAUGCAGUUUGGAUGCUUUGUGCAGCUGGAGGGACUGAGGAAGCGGUGGGAAGGCCUGGUGCACAUCUCUGAGCUCCGGCGGGAAGGCCGGGUGGCCAAUGUGGCUGACGUGGUGAGCAAAGGCCAGAGGGUCAAGGUCAAAGUGUUGUCCUUCACCGGGACCAAAACCAGCUUGAGCAUGAAGGAUGUGGAUCAAGAGACCGGAGAAGAUCUAAACCCGAAUCGACGGCGGAAUCUUGUCGGGGAGACCAACGAGGAGACCUCUAUGAGGAAUCCCGACAGGCCCACCCACCUGUCCCUCGUCAGUGCCCCUGAAGUAGAGGAUGACUCACUAGAGCGCAAGCGCCUUACCCGCAUCUCUGACCCAGAGAAGUGGGAGAUCAAGCAGAUGAUUGCUGCCAAUGUUCUUUCCAAGGAAGAGUUCCCAGACUUCGAUGAAGAGACUGGCAUUCUCCCUAAAGUGGAUGAUGAAGAAGAUGAGGACCUUGAGAUCGAGCUGGUUGAAGAAGAGCCUCCAUUUCUUCGAGGGCACACCAAGCAAAGCAUGGACAUGAGCCCUAUCAAGAUCGUUAAGAAUCCAGAUGGCUCCCUCUCCCAAGCAGCGAUGAUGCAGAGUGCCUUGGCCAAAGAAAGGCGGGAACUUAAGCAAGCACAGCGGGAAGCUGAGAUGGAUUCUAUUCCCAUGGGACUCAACAAACACUGGGUUGAUCCUCUGCCUGAUGCGGAAGGCAGGCAGAUUGCUGCUAACAUGAGGGGUAUUGGGAUGAUGCCCAAUGACAUUCCCGAGUGGAAGAAGCAUGCCUUUGGGGGCAACAAAGCUUCAUAUGGAAAAAAGACCCAGAUGUCAAUCAUUGAACAGAGGGAGAGCCUGCCCAUCUACAAGCUGAAGGAGCAGCUGGUCCAGGCUGUCCAUGACAAUCAGAUCCUGAUUGUUAUUGGAGAGACAGGGUCUGGGAAGACCACGCAGAUCACCCAGUACCUGGCGGAGGCGGGCUACACUUCCAGGGGCAAGAUUGGAUGUACCCAGCCUAGACGAGUAGCGGCCAUGUCUGUGGCCAAAAGAGUGUCAGAGGAGUUCGGUUGUUGCUUAGGCCAAGAGGUGGGGUACACUAUUCGAUUUGAGGACUGCACCAGCCCAGAAACAGUCAUCAAGUACAUGACAGACGGGAUGUUGCUCCGAGAGUGCCUGAUCGACCCCGACCUCACUCAGUAUGCAAUCAUCAUGUUGGAUGAGGCGCAUGAGAGAACAAUUCACACUGAUGUGCUCUUUGGAUUGCUGAAAAAGACAGUUCAGAAACGGCAGGACAUGAAACUGAUUGUCACCUCAGCCACCUUGGAUGCUGUGAAGUUUUCUCAGUACUUCUAUGAAGCGCCCAUCUUUACCAUCCCAGGUCGAACAUACCCAGUGGAAAUACUGUACACAAAGGAACCUGAAACCGAUUAUCUCGAUGCCAGCUUGAUCACGGUCAUGCAGAUCCACUUAACAGAACCACCAGGUGAUAUCCUGGUCUUCCUGACUGGUCAGGAAGAGAUUGAUACUGCAUGCGAGAUCCUGUAUGAAAGAAUGAAAUCCCUGGGACCUGAUGUUCCAGAACUGAUUAUUCUCCCAGUGUACUCUGCUCUCCCCAGUGAGAUGCAGACCCGAAUCUUUGACCCAGCUCCACCUGGCAGCAGAAAGGUCGUGAUUGCCACCAACAUUGCGGAGACAUCGCUGACUAUUGAUGGCAUUUACUAUGUGGUGGACCCUGGAUUCGUGAAGCAGAAGGUGUACAAUUCUAAGACAGGGAUUGACCAGCUCGUGGUGACUCCUAUUUCUCAGGCUCAGGCAAAGCAACGAGCUGGCAGAGCUGGGAGAACAGGCCCAGGGAAGUGUUACAGGCUGUACACAGAACGUGCCUACCGAGAUGAAAUGCUGACCACCAACGUGCCAGAAAUUCAGAGAACCAACUUAGCAAGCACAGUGCUCUCGCUCAAGGCCAUGGGCAUCAAUGACCUGCUGUCCUUUGACUUCAUGGAUGCCCCGCCAAUGGAAACCUUGAUCACAGCCAUGGAGCAGCUGUACACGCUGGGGGCCCUGGACGACGAGGGCCUGCUUACUCGCCUGGGCCGCAGGAUGGCAGAGUUCCCUCUGGAGCCAAUGCUGUGCAAAAUGCUGAUCAUGUCUGUGCAUCUGGGCUGCAGUGAGGAAAUGCUGACCAUUGUGUCCAUGCUGUCUGUGCAGAACGUCUUCUACAGACCCAAAGAUAAACAAGCCCUUGCAGAUCAGAAGAAGGCCAAAUUCCAUCAGACCGAAGGGGACCACCUCACCCUGCUGGCCGUGUACAACUCCUGGAAGAACAACAAGUUCUCCAACCCUUGGUGCUAUGAGAACUUCAUCCAGGCCCGUUCUCUGCGCCGGGCCCAGGACAUUCGCAAGCAGAUGUUGGGCAUAAUGGACAGACACAAGCUGGAUGUGGUGUCCUGUGGUAAGUCCACAGUCCGAGUGCAGAAGGCCAUUUGCAGUGGAUUCUUCCGGAACGCUGCCAAAAAAGACCCACAGGAGGGUUACCGGACACUGAUCGACCAGCAAGUGGUCUAUAUCCAUCCGUCCAGUGCCCUCUUCAACAGACAGCCCGAAUGGGUGGUGUAUCAUGAGCUGGUGCUGACCACGAAGGAGUACAUGCGUGAGGUCACCACCAUCGACCCCCGGUGGCUUGUGGAGUUUGCACCAGCCUUCUUCAAGGUCUCUGACCCGACCAAGCUAAGCAAGCAGAAGAAGCAGCAACGGCUGGAACCCUUGUACAACCGCUAUGAGGAGCCCAAUGCCUGGAGAAUAUCCCGAGCCUUCCGGCGACGCUAAAAGACAAGAGUAUGUUGGCCUCACCUGCAGCCCUGGGCCAGGGCUCAGCCUCACUCUUAUUGAUGAGAAGCUGGUCCUGAGGAUACAGCUGUCUGGUGGCUGAAUAUCUCAACUGGGCAUUUCCUAAACUUGACUCUCCUUCCUUCCCUGGUGGUAAAAUAGAAACAGGGAUUUAUGCCUGGUGUGAUCAGAGCCUCUAGGCUCCACCACCCCAAGGUGGGGCCAGCAGGGCUCACACCCGACGUGUGGUCCACUGCGACAUCUUCAAGAAAGGGGAAACUUCUGCAGCUCUUGGAUGGGAAAGGGGAGCCAUGAGCAUCCGCUUCGUGGAUUCAGUGAGGGCUCUGAGGCCCUGACUGGUACUCUGUAGGAGAGGGAGCCAUGAAGCUCACCCAAAGUGUUGGCCUCCCCCCUCUCCUUCAUACCCCUGUCCAGCCCCUGUCCUUUUGCUUAACCUCCUGCAAAUAUUUAUUUUCAUAAGGAAACAAAAAUGGUU